AUGCGCGUCACUCGAGCGGCGUCGCGCGUGGAGCAUGCGCAACACGCCGACGGCGACAUUGAGACCAACGACGCGUCAAUCACGCGUACCGAUGUUCAAGACCGCGUUCCAUUGGGUCAUGUCUCCGCUAACAACGUCCUCGACCCCGACUCCACGGACGCGCCGGCUAAGAAGAUGGCAGUGAAGAAGGGCAAAGCAAAGGGCACUGCGCAGAAGGGCGCAAAGGGGAAGAAGGCGAAAGCUGCACAAGACGAGGAAAAGGAUGGGCCCCUGGUUCCGGAUGACGGGCGUCAAGCUGCAGGUAGCCCCGCGAGCGAUGCCGCUGUCGACGAGCUGGCCGGCCAACCCAUCGAAGAUACGGCCCAAGCUCCUGUCGGCGAGGAACAACCUGCAAGUUCUCCGUCGCGUGCGGUACGCAUGACCCGUCGUCAAUUGGCUAAGCAGGAGGAGGACUUCUCGCGUUCACUUCGCUCUAGUGGUCCACUCCAGUCAGAGGCAGUCGAAGUAGACACAACUGCUACUGCCCAGGAACCUUCGCCAUCCGAAGUACAAGAAAAACGAGCAGAGAAACUGGUGACAGAGGAAGCUACUAGACGAUCGUAUGCAGAGAUCGUCCCCGAGUCGGCCGAAGAGCCUGCCGAAGAGCCACGUGCGGCUUCCGACCUCAAAGCAUCACAAGACCUGAUGGAGGAAUUCUCACAGGCGCAAGAACAAGAGAACAUCGAUGACCAGGAAGGUACGGUCGGGCCACAAGUGGAGGUUGUUCCAGAUACUGUGGAAACGGAAGUAGAAGAGCCAGCAGGUACAAUUGCUGAUGACCCCGAGCAAGAGGUUACGACUCCCUCUCUAGAAGUGACUGAGCCUGAGCCAAAGGUGUUGACAUCCCAGAAACCUCUUGAGGACGCUGUGACCCCAACGACGAGCGUUACACCUAGCCGAGCUAUCUCCCGAAGUUCUACCAGGUCUGCCUCGAGGACACCUAUGCGCUUAGAAGAAUCCAUCGGUGCGAUUGAUGAUCUCGAGGAGGCUCUCGAGAACGUCGGAAGGUCUCUUCCGUCAUUCGACCAAUUGGCUGACGACAAGUCUCCCAGAAAGGCAAAGUUCACCAGGACUGCAACUCCUGGCAAGUCUCCACGGCAGACAGCUCAGAGAACUAUAAUGAGACCUAAGGACUCGAAAAGCCCAAGCUUGACGGCCAGGUCAUUGAAGCCAACUGGAUUAUCGAGAGCAUCUAGUGUACGCGCACCUCCCAAGGAGAGAACGGGAUCUGAAGGGGCCACGGACUACUUGGCUUCCAGGCGUAGGCCCAUCAUCAUGACCUUUGCGCCUCCGCCACCUCCGGCCAAGUCGACCAAGGCACCCACAACAUCUGAAUUCCAACUUCCGGGGGAAAGAAUAGCUGCAGAGUUGAAAGCCAGGAAAGAGGAACGCCUCAAGAGAAUGGCUGAGGCAGGAGCACCGAGACCACGACUUAUCAGCAUGCCGCCGCCCCCUAAAUCAACUAAACCACCGACCAAGUCUGACUUCCGACUUCCAGGCGAAAGCAUCGCCGCAGAACUCAAAGCGAAGAAGGAGGAACGUCUCAGACGGAUGGCUGAAGGUGAGGCCACCACCUCUCGUCAGAUCAACCUUCCUCCGCCGCCAAAAUCAUCAAAGCCUCCCACAGUACCAAAGUUUCAACUUCCUGGCGAGAAGUUCGCGGCAGAGCAAAAAGCACGGAAAGAAGAGCGGCUCAAGCAUGAGGCAGAGGAGGCGGGAGCCGCGACAAAGGCUGCAUUCAAAGCCCGCCCAGCACCAGUCCGGAGGUCGGUCAUCGCGCCCGUCCGCCAGACCGCAGCAAGCCAAGCACGUGAACGGUUAAUGAGCAAAGAAAACAUAUCUGACCCGACUGUCCAGCAUCUGCAGCGCUCAGGCUCUGUAACAGCCAACAAAUCUAGCAGCAUUGUCCAGGCACGCUUGGUUUCCACGUCUCCUUCUAAGCGCAACAGCGUCAAGAUCAAUCCCGAUUCUGCGAAGUUGGGUCCUGCAGGUGCUGCGGCGCCUCAGAAAAAUAGGGGCCGCGAAGUCUUUAAUAGAGACAAGCUCGAAAAAGAUGCACGUGACAACGAGCGUAGGGUGAAGGAAGAGUCGGCGAAAAAGGCACGCGCUGAGGCGGCUGAGCGCGGACGUAUCGCUAGUCGAGAGUGGGCAAGAAAGCAGAUGGAGAAGAGGCAAGAAGCGGCUAGGCGAACGAGGGAGGCUGCAGCGUAG